GAGAGACAUAGAGAGAAUGUGGUUGGGAAGCGUGUCAAAGCUGCUGCUACUGUUGUCGCUCGUUCCAAAUGAGGGAGAGCAGCCGGAGAAAUAUGCGGUUGUUUUCGACGCCGGAAGCACCGGCUCUAGGGUCCACGUCUUCAAAUUCGACCAAGACAUGUCUCUCCUUCGGGUCGGCCAAGACUACGAGCUUUACAUGGCUAUUAAACCAGGUUUGAGUUCAUAUGAGAAAGAGCCCAAGGCUGGUGCUGACUCAUUGAGGCCCCUCUUAGAACAAGCGGAAGAAGUCAUUCCCCAGCAACUGCGAGCUACAACACCUCUUCGACUUGGGGCGACUGCCGGUCUUCGCCUACUACCGGGAACUGCUGCUCAAGACAUAUUGGAUGCGGUAAAAGAGCUAUUCAAAAGCCAAUCGAGCCUCUACUACAAGCCAGAAUGGGUGUCUGUUCUUGAUGGAACAGAUGAAGGAGCUUAUAUGUGGGUUGCAAUCAACUAUUUAGAUGGUAAGUUGGGCAAAAAAUACUCGAAAACGGUAGCAGUGGUCGACCUUGGAGGUGGCUCAGUACAGAUGGCUUAUGCUCUCUCCGACAAAGCUGCUGCUAACGCCCCUGCAUCAAAUGAUGUAGCCAAUAGAUUAGCUCUUGGAACUAAUUACAACCUUUAUUCUCACAGUUAUCUCAACUAUGGGUUGUUGGCUGCUCGUGCUCAAAAUCUGAAUCUUUCCGGUGCUGGCAAUCCAUGCAUCACUAAUGGCUAUCAAGGAACAUACUCCUACAGCGGGGUUGAUUACAAAGUAUCGCCUCCUCGUUCCGGCACAAACUUGUUAGGUUGUGUAGCGCAGGCACGAAAGUUGCUUAAGGUGGACGCACCCUGCGCCAACAAGCCUUGCUCCUUUGGCGGCGUUUGGAAUGGUGGAGGCGGUGAUGGCUUCGACAACUUGUACGCAGCAUCAUUCUUUUACGACAUGGCUAUGGAGGCUGGAAUCGUUGAACCAAAUGUUAAUAUAACACAAGUUCGUCCAUAUGUAUACCUGAAAGCAGCAAAGAAAGCAUGCAGUGCCAACGUGGACAAUAUCAAGACUAUAUUUCCUCAACUUGAAGAUUAUGAUGUGCCGUUUCUGUGCAUGGAUCUCGUAUACGAGUAUAUUAUGCUCGUUGAAGGUUUCGGCAUCAAACCAACAAAGGAAAUAACAGUUGUGAAGAAUUUGGAGUACAAGGAUUCGUGGAUUGGAGCAGCCUGGCCACUUGGCUGCGCAGUUGAACUUCUUUCAUGAGCUUUCAAUAUUGGAUUAGAAAUCCAAUCUUCCUCUUGGACUUUAUUUUCACAUUACCAAUAAUUCAGUACUAUGUGUAUUGUGGGUUGUAUGUCAGACAUGCAAUGUAUGUUAUCUUAUAUUCCCUCCGUUCCAUAAAAAUAUGUGCACUUUCCAUU